AAGUUUCAGUCUUCAACUUCAGUUUUGUUACCAGCAUGGGAAUCCACGGUUUAGCCAAGCUGAUUGCAGAUGUGGCUCCUGCUGCCAUUCGAGAACAUGACAUCAAAAGUUAUUUUGGCCGGAAAGUGGCUAUUGAUGCUUCUAUGAGUAUUUACCAAUUCCUAAUUGCUGUGCGGCAGGGAGCUGACAUGCUGCAGAAUGAGGAAGGCGAGACCACUAGCCACUUAAUGGGCAUGUUCUACCGUACCAUCCGCAUGGUGGAAAAUGGCAUCAAGCCUGUGUAUGUUUUUGAUGGCAAACCUCCACAGCUGAAAUCGGGUGAACUGGCCAAGCGCACUGAGCGCCGAGCUGAGGCAGAGAAGCAGCUGGAAGAGGCCAAAGAGGCAGGCGAAGAUGAAAAUGUAGAAAAGUUUAGCAAGCGGCUAGUUAAGGUGACCAAGCAACAUAACGAUGAGUGCAAGAAGCUGCUGAAGCUGAUGGGCAUCCCAUAUGUAGAAGCACCCGGUGAGGCUGAAGCUAGCUGUGCUGCCCUGGUAAAAGCUAGUAAGGUCUAUGCAGCUGCUACUGAGGAUAUGGAUUGUUUGACCUUUGGUAGCCCUGUGCUGAUGAGACAUCUUACUGCCAGUGAGGCGAAGAAACUUCCCAUUCAGGAAUUCCACCUGAACCAUAUCCUUCAAGACAUGGGUCUGACUCAGCAGGAGUUUGUUGACCUCUGCAUAUUGCUAGGUUGUGACUACUGUGAAAGCAUCCGUGGCAUUGGGCCCAAGCGUGCCGUGGAGCUCAUCAAACAGUACAAGAGCAUAGAAAAAAUUGUACAGCAAAUAGAUACCAAGAAGUACUCCCUGCCAGAGAACUGGCUUCACAGGGAGGCCCAGCAGCUUUUCUUGGCCCCUGAGGUUGUAGACCCAGAAGCUGUGGAGCUGAAGUGGAGUGAGCCCGAUGAGGAGGGGCUUGUCCACUUCUUGUGUGGGGAAAAGCAGUUCAAUGAAGAAAGGAUCCGUAAUGGGGUCAAGAGACUGAGCAAGAGUCGCCAGGGUAGCACUCAAGGGCGACUAGAUGACUUCUUUAAGGUUACUGGCUCAAUAACUUCAGCUAAGCGCAAAGAGCCAGAGCCCAAGGGAUCCUCCAAGAAAAAGGCAAAGGGCAGUGGUGCAGCAGCAAAGUUCAAAAGAGGAAAAUAACCUUAUUUUCAUUGCAUCAUUUCCUUUUCACUCCAAAUCCUGUUGGGAAGA